AAGGACCCCCCUUGCUCUGCUUCCGCUUCUCGCGUCCGUCCGUCCGCCCUCCCGACGUCGACUAUCGCAAAGCAUGUCCAGCCACGAAGACGAGAAGUUUGCGUCCCCUGCGGACGUGCACGACGCUGAGAAGGGCGUGACCUCCGACGAGGCCGCCGCCCUUGAGGCCGCUGCGCUCCCCGAGUUCGACGACCCGAACUUGGACAAGGAUGCCGCCAUCGCCGGUGUCCUUGAGGACGACUCCCCCUACCCCGAGGUGCGGUCCGCCGUCGCCAACACUGACGACCCCACCGUCCCCGUCUCCACCGUCCGGGCAUGGACGCUUGGUCUCAUCUGGGCCAUCAUCAUCCCCGGCCUGAACCAGUUCUUCUUCUUCCGCUACCCCAGUGUCACCGUCAGCAGCAUGGUCGCCCAGUUGCUGACGUUCCCGCUCGGUCGUCUCUGGGCUCGUCUUGUGCCGAAUUUCCGUAUCUUCGGCGUCGAGCUCAACCCCGGUCCUUUCACCAUCAAGGAGCACGUCCUGAUCACUAUCAUGGCGGGUGUCGGCUCUGGAUCUGCGUACGCCACGGACAUCAUCGCCGUGCAGCGCGUAUUCUACCACCAGAACUACAACUUCGGCUACCAGUGGCUCGUGGUCAUGUCGACGCAGCUCAUCGGUUUCUCCAUCGGCGGUAUCGCUCGUCGCUUCCUCGUGCAGCCGCCGUCGAUGAUCUGGCCGUACAACCUCGUCACCUGCGCGCUUUUCAACACCCUGCACGCGCAGCAGUACGCCGGUGUCGGUACCCGCGGGGCAUGUCGCGUGAAAAGUUCUUCUACAUCGCCUGGGGAUGCGGUGUCGCCUGGUACUUUGUCCCUGGUGCGUGCCGUCUGUCGCUACCUGUUCACUGCCCUGUCGUUCUUCUCCUGGGUGUGCUGGAUCAAGCCGAACAACCUUGUUGUCAACCAGCUGUUCGGUGUCAACAAUGGUCUUGCCAUGGGUCUGAUUACCUUCGACUGGGCGCAGAUUGCUUACACCGGCUCCCCGCUUGCCACGCCCUGGUGGGCUGAGGCCAACGUUCUCGGCGGAUUCCUGUUCUUCUUCUGGUUCCUCACGCCCAUCCUCUACUUCACCAAUGCGUGCCCUUACAACGUCACUGCCAUCCUCAACGAUCAGGGUACGUUCGACGAGGCCAAGUACCAAGCCUACUCUCCGCUGUACCUGUCGACGACCUUCGCGCUGGCGUACGGCCUCUCGUUCGCGUCGAUCACCGCGACGAUCACGCACGCGUUCCUGUUCUUCCGCAAGCAGAUCUGGACGCAGGCGCGCCGCUCGAUGCACGAGCAGCCGGACAUCCACGCGCGCCUGAUGGCGGUGUACCCGCAGGUGCCCGAGUGGUGGUACAGCAUCAUCCUGGUGACCAUGUUCGUUGCCGGUGUCGUCGCGAUCACCGUCUGGGACACCAAGUUCCCCGUGCAGUACUUCAUCCUCGCCCUCGCCAUCUCGUUCGUGUAUGUCAUUCCGAUUGGCAUGAUCCAGGCUAUCACCACCCAGCAAGUCGGGCUGAAUGUCAUCACCGAGCUCAUCAUCGGGUACUCGCUGCCCGGCCGUCCCGUCGCUAUGAUGAUG